CGGCCGGGCUGGCCGCAGCAGCCUCUCCAUGAGCGCCUCCGUGCCUCCCGGCAGCGCCCCGGGGGCGGUGCGGGCCGGGCCCGGCCGCGGCUCCGGCCGGGCGGGGGGAGAAAGAGAAAGAGAAGGAGAAGGAGGUGGUGGCGGUAUCGCUGAUGUCCUGCGCCUUGUGUUUUCCCAUCAGGUGUUGUCCUUCUUGCUUCCCAUGUCCUAUUACCAGGAGGAUUUUUUCAGAGAAUACCUCAAGAUGAUGGCGAACAUGGUCAUCCUGAACUUGCUCAUUUGUAUUUCGCUAGCGUUCUGGAUCGUGUCCAUGACUGCGAGUACGUACUACGGUACUUUGCGACCCAUUUCUCCAUGGCGCUGGCUCUUUUCAGUCUUGGUUCCACUAAUUAUUGCUACACAGGGUUUUAAGAAGAAGAGUCUUGAUCACAGUGGUGCAUUGGGAGGACUGGUGGUUGGAUUUAUCCUUACAGUCGCAAAUUACAGUUUCUUCUCUUCUUUGUUAGUAUUUUUUGUUACUUCUUCAAAACUUACUAAGUGGAAAAAAGAUAUAAAGAAGCAAAUAGAUUCAGAAUACAAAGAAGGUGGACAGAGGAAUUGGGUUCAGGUAUUCUGUAAUGGUGGUGUUCCUACUGAGCUGGCUCUCUUAUAUAUGAUAGAAAAUGGACCCGGUGAAAUUCCUAUUGACUUUUCAAAGGAAUACACAGCAUCAUGGAUGUGCUUAUCCCUUUUGGGAGCUUUGGCAUGCUCUGCUGGUGAUACAUGGGCUUCAGAGAUUGGUAGUGUUAUGAGUAAAAGCAAACCAAGAUUGAUAACAACCUGGGAACAGGUUCCAGUCGGUACUAAUGGAGCAGUUACUUUAGUGGGCCUGAUCUCAAGUUUGCUUGGAGGCAUGACAGUAGGUAUAGCCUACUUUAUAACUCAACUCAUUUUUGUGACUGAUCUGGAAAUGUCUGCUCCACAAUGGCCCAUUAUUGUGUUUGGUGCAGCUGCUGGCCUACUGGGAUCAAUUGUUGAUUCGUAUUUGGGAGCUACAAUGCAAUACAGUGGUUUUGACCAGACAAUUGGCAUGGUUGUUAACCACGAAACAAAAGACUCCAAGCACAUAUCUGGAAAACCUAUAUUAGACAACAAUGCCGUAAAUCUUUUUUCUUCUGUAAUCAUUGCUCUUGUGCUUCCAGGCACGGCAUGGUUUUUCUGGCCAAGAGGUUGAAAUAGUUUAAGGUUUUCUGCAUGCGAUUAAUUUAUGUUCAGUCUUGCUCAGAGACUCCAAAGAGUUGCAGUUGAAGUCUCCUUAAGAAAUGGAUCUGAAACAUUCGGAGAGCCAAAGAGCUUUCCAUCUCAACUUGUUAAGGCUGUAAACUUCAUGUGGCAAUCAGCAUCUCUCAGGAAGGUGCUUUGUCAGUAAUGCUCUUGCUGCUCCUCCUCAGGUGGAUGUAGGUCAUUGCCAAGUGAGGUGAAGCACUUGAUUUAUUCUCCGUUUAUGGAGCUGAAGUGUUGGUGUCUAUUCUUUACAGUUUCCAGCAUCUGGAAGGGCAAGGAGCUGGAAAUAUAAGUCUAAUCCACUGAGUGUGAUGGAGCCUUGUGGCUAUUGUCCAAGCUAGACACAAAAUACACUGCAGCUUUAUAUAGGCAAUGGUAAUAUGGGUGAAGUGGAUGAAUUCUGGUAUUUCCCAUUAUCUACAAUGAGAUGUAUUGGAAGUAUUUGGGCAGGGAAGAGAGAAUUCAGCCUUGUUGUCUGUUCUCUAUCCUGACACUGUCUCCACUUCCCUGAGAAUAGGUUUGUUAAAAAUGAUGAUUCAUACAUAACAUUUGAAGCAAAAAUCUAAAUUUAAAGUAGAAAUUCACCAGCUGCUCCAGUAAGAAUAAUAUUUUUUCUCUGUUUUUUUGACAUGUUUAUUUCAAAACGUAUGAUAUUUAUGAAGAUUUGUCAAUACUGUGGUACUUAUCAAAUAAUUUAAAAUUGAAGAUGACAGUUGUGAAUUCACAUUUAUCUCUUUAGAAAGAAUGCUUUUUUCUAUAAGCAUAGAAUUGCCAUAGUGUUUAGCAUUCUAACCAAACUAUAUUCCUUGGUUAUUUCUGAACAGUGGGAAUGUUUCCCAUUUUGUUUGGGGCUUCUAUUUAGAGAUGAUGGCCUCAACCAAAGAAGCUACAGAUGUUAUCCUUGUAGCAAAUGAGGGAAGUCACACUUAUAAACCAUUUAAAAAUAGAAAUUUAAUUUUUGAUGCUCAGGCUCCUGUUUUAGGUAAUCCUGUCUUCCAUAACCUCUCGUUGUUGAUAUUCAGAAGUGUGGGCCCAUACUUUUAACUUAGGAAAAGCUUUUUGUUUUCUUGUUAGAGAUAGAUUAAUAUUUUGUAUUGAACAUCUGAUUUUUUUACAAGUUUCUUGUGUAUAUUUCCUGUCUUAAUUCAACUGAUUUUUUUUUACUUUGUCACCUUUUAUGGGAAUAUUAAAAAACUUUAAAACCUUCCAUACUGAGUUUACUCUUUUGAAAUCUAGUCUAUAUAAAUCUGGAAUUCAUCACUGGAACUACUUCACUGUAUUAGCCAAUUAUAAAGAUGAGAUUUCAAAGUAGUAAAACCUUUCUGAAAAGAACAGAUUGUGUCGCUGCUCUGUGUCUGUUCCCGUGGAAGGGCACAAAAUUAUGGAAGUAAUAUAUGCACUUAAACUGUAACAGUAAGCACUUGGGAAUUUUAUGCACUGUUUGGACUUACGCUGCUUCUAAAUAAAUUGUAUUAGUUGUCUUCUAA